UCAUUCACACUAAUAUUGUGUUUAUCAAAAUUUGCGAAACAACAACAAAUUACUUUCAACUCUUUGAGUGCAUAAUCUAAACAAGAGUGCCCCAAUGAACAUUGAACCUUAAAAGAAGUUUUAAAAUUGAUUUUCUUGAAUAUUUGUUCCAAAAAAUAUGAGAAUUAACGGCAAACUACGUGGUAAGACGGUAUUCAUAACCGGUGCCUCGAGAGGAAUUGGCAAAGCAAUUGCCUUAAAGGCUGCACGCGAUGGUGCCAAUGUUGUAAUAGCAGCAAAAACAGCGGAGCCUCAUCCUAAAUUACCUGGCACAAUUUAUAGUGCAGCACAUGAAAUUGAAAACGAAGGCGGCAAGGCUUUGGCAUGCAUUGUAGACGUACGAGAUGAACAGCAAGUGCGCAAAGCCGUGCAGACGGCUGUGGAAAAAUUCGGUGGCAUUGAUAUACUGAUCAACAAUGCCAGUGCAAUUUCAUUAACACCAACACUUGAAACGGAUAUGAAACGUUAUGAUUUGAUGCACAACAUCAACACAAGAGGCACAUUUCUAGUCACAAAGGAAUGCUUACCAUAUCUGCUAAAGAGCAAACAUGGACACAUUUUGAAUAUAUCACCACCGCUCGUCAUGUCACCACAUUGGUUCAGUAAUCAUGUAGCCUAUACCAUGGCUAAAUAUGGCAUGUCUAUGUGUGUACUUGGUAUGGCUGAAGAGUUUAAAGGGCAAGGAUUAGCGGUGAAUGCGUUAUGGCCACGUACAGCGAUCUACACAGCAGCAGUUGAAAUGCUGCAAGGCAUGGGAGCUGCACAAUAUUCUCGCACACCUGAAAUAAUGGCAGACGCUGCCUAUGCUAUAGUAUGCAGAGAUCCAAAUACUUGCACAGGCAACUUCUUUAUCGAUGAAGAAGUCUUAACUGAAGCUGGUGUGCAUGACUUAAAACGUUAUGCUUGUUUCCCAGAAAACGCGGACAAACUAAUAUCGGAUUUCUUUCUACCGGAGAAAUACGUAGCCAAAUUAUAAGCAAACAGCAUUUGAAUAAUAUUUGUUUCUUGAAAGGUUGUGGAUUUCAUUAAUUAAUAAAGAGGAAUAUUCUAUUA